AUGAAAAACAAGUUAAUUGAAAAGUGGAGCGGAAAGGAUUGUGAAGAAUGGGCAGGCGAGAUUGGUCUUUCGAAAAAUACAAAGAAAAUUCUAAAGAAAUUUACAGGAUCAGAUUUAAUCUCGAUUUACAAUGAAUGUGGAGGAGAUAUUGAAAAAUUACACGAAUACUUUAAUGGAGAAAUUAAACCGUUUGGUGAAUUGAAAAAGUUUCAAUUUCAACUCGAAAGAAUUCGAGAUAAUUUAAUGACUUAUAAUGAAAAUUUUGCAAAAUAUGAAAAAGUGAGAGAAGAGAAAAAGAAGAAGAAGAAAUCGAGCGGAUUUUUUAUUACCAAGUCGACAGCAUCUGUGUUGGGAGGAGGUUUUAUUGACGAUCCAUACAUGUUCACUCGAGAGAGUAUUCUGCAACAGACCCCAGAAGAAGUGGGCAAUUUGAUGUCCAUGCUUUGGAAAGCAUCUCUUGCAAAGAAUAAGACAUCCGUAACUCAACAACAAAUCGACUCGGUCACGAAUGAUUUGAAACAGUGCAUGAUAAAAAUGGAAAUUGAUGGAGAAGUCUUUCUAGAAAUGCAAACAGCUGGAGAUUGGACUUUUUGUUUUGAAAAAGAAUUGGUGAGGUAUUUGGACCAAGUGGAGUUGUUCUCGUUUAUUGUGUAUGAUUAUUUGCCUCUAAAGAAGGAAUAA